CCUGUAAUGAAAGUAAAACUGACUGGAAGACACAUUGAUGGCGACACAUUUCGUAAACUACUAAACUUUUCUAAACAACAGAAUAUUUCUUCUUGUAAGAGUGAACACAGCUGAUCUUCACUCACAGGAAAAUAUCAAUGAUGGAAUCUUCACUAACAAGAAGAGAAACUGGAAGUCGUAGUAUAAAUCAACCUCCAAUGAUGUCAUCCUCCAGUGAUCCAAUGACUGAGAGACUUCUGUGUUCAAUCUGUCUGGAUGUGUUCAGUAAUCCAGUCAGCACUCCAUGUGGACACAACUUCUGUAAGAUCUGUUUGAAAAUACACUGGAACAACAGUCAAGACUACAGAUGUCCAAACUGUAAAGAAACAUUCAACCAGAGACCUGAUCUCAAGAUUAAUACAACACUCAGAGAACUUGUGGAUGAACAUAAGAAGAAAUCUCAUGAAGAACAACCUGAAGCUGAAGUUGUGUGUGACAUCUGUACUGAAGGAAAGCUGAAGGCUGUGAAGUCGUGUCUGGUGUGUCAGAUCUCUUACUGUAAAACUCACCUGGAGUCUCAUUUGAGAGUGUCAGGAUUACAGAAACACAAACUGAUUGAUCCUGUGAAGAAUCUGCAGGAUUAUAUAUGUCAGAAACAUGACAGACCUCUGGAGCUCUUCUGUAGAGAUGAUCACACAUGUGUGUGCCUGUCCUGCACUGAUGGAGAUCACAAGAAUCACAACACUGUUCCUAUAAGAGAAUCUGGACUUCAGGAGAUGAUGAAGGAGAGCCAAAGAGCAGCAGAGAGACGGUAUGAAGUUGUUAUUAAGGAUCUGAAGGAGGAGAUCACUGAACUGAAGAAGAGAAACACUGAGCUGGAGAUGGUGAAACAGAAGCAGAUAACAGAAGAGAGACGGUAUGAAGAUGUUAUUAAAGAUCUGAAGGAGGAGAUCACUGAGCAGCAGCAGAAGAUCUCAAACACUGAAGAUGAUCUCCUCCUCAUACAGGAAGAACAUCAGAAAGUCUUGAGUCGUCAGCAGAAGUCUUCAUCUGAGCGUUCUUUUAAGUUCUGGUUCCUGGUUGUGGGAGUCCUGUUUGUGUUGUCUGCUUGUUUUAUUCAGGCUUACAAUCACAUACAACGCAGUGAAGCUGAAGUCACUGAACUGAAGAAGAGAAACAAUGAGCUGAACUUAGACAUACAAAGCCAUGAAGCUGAAACAUUAGAAAGACUUGAGUCGUCAAAAACACAAAUCACUGAAUUGAAGAGAACCAAUGAGCUGGUCUUAGUAAUGCAACGCCGAGAAACUGAAACAUUUGAAAGACUUGAGACGUCAAAAAUGGAAAUCAAUGAAAUGAAGAAGAAAAACAUGGACAUGUACUUAGACAUGCGCCACUGUCGAAUUGAUUUGGGGAUACUUAUGGAACGCAAAUGUUAUCUGUUUUAAUGAAAGCAAAUAUAUUAUGUGUUUAAGUGUUUGAGAUAAAGUUUUUUCUUUUAAUUAAAGAAUAAAUGUUUAAUGUUUUGUUGUAAACCCCCAUUAACUCUUGGUUUAAAUAAUAAUUUUAGUAAUCAGAAAUGUGAAGAGAUGUGUUUUAUUACUGUGAGAAUCUGGAUUUCGUCCUGUCCUCUACAAAUAUUGCAUCUGUGUUUAAUACAAAGUUCAUAUAUCAUAUGUAUUCAUUCAUAUUCAUUCCUAUUAGUAUUAGCUUCUAUUCAUAUAAGAUGUGCCUUAUUUUCUUGUUGUUUAACCUCGUUGAAAGUUGUAUCGUAUCUUAUGUUGUCUUAUGUUGAUAUAGGUAUCUGAUGUUCUCCAUCUCAAGGUUCCUAAUAAUGUCUAGGGACAAUUGUUUUGAUAUUGUAAUAUUAAAUACGGGAUCAUAUCUGAUUGUUCAGGAGGAAUAAGACUAAAUAGAAAGUCUGGUGAUUUUCCACUCUGGUGGUUUUAUAUGACACCUCCUGUUUCAAGCCUAUAAAUAUUAGCCUUAAUACAAUAAACUUUGGACUCUGAUUGAACAAGCA